GGGAAAAUAAUCAAAAUUGUCGACGAUGCUUUCCCCAAAUUAGAAACCCAUCGCCCGCUAUUGGAGCACGGAAUCGGCCAAAAACCCUAACCCUCUAAUCGAAGAUCGGGAACGAAGAAGGGGACGGAGCCCUUUCGAUCGAUCGAUCGAUCGAGCGUCGCGACUAAUGGAAUGCUCUGUUCGUCCUAAUCAUUCGACAUGAUGUCAAGACCUAUAGUUCUUGUUUUUCUGCUAGUGAUACUGAUCAUAACAUCGCAAUUCGAAUGGAAGCAACAACUUGUGAGCGAACUGGAAACAACUCCCGGCAUUUCUCAGAAUCAGCAGCAUAUUUCAAAUAGACAAGAAGUUGUAAAAGAGAAGAUUAUCUUAUCCCAAGAAAAGACUAUUCAGCGGUUGAACGAGUUUAUUCAAAGCCUUCAGCAACAGCUGUUGCAAUGCCGAGGCAGUAAUAAUGCGACGAAUGGUUCCGAAAACUCUUUCAUGUCGUAUAUAGACGAGAUACAAAGGCAGCAGAUGAUAGAAGAUUAAUGCGCACCUUUGCUUCUUCCAAUUUUCUCUUAUGACGUUGUCGAUAUGGUCUUCAAUUGUGACCCUGAUUACCUGGCGUAGUAAAAAAGGAAGGAGCUUUAUGAGUGUGUAGGUACAUUGGUAGAGGAACUCGAGUAGUAGGCACACCCAAAAAUAAGAGAAAGAAAUGUGCUUCUCUUUUGGAUCUGUAUUGUAAAUCCCUUUUUCCUCAAUAGAGGUGACAUGAAUGUAGUAGUUACAUGGUCAUUUUCAUGUUUAUCUUGCUAAGAUUUGCUUGCAAUUCAGCUUAAUAAUUGUUACAGAGGAUGCA